GGCUUGUGAACCGGGCUCCAGCAACUUGCCGCGGCCAAUGGACGGGCUGCUGAGCCGCUCCGAAGUGAUUCACCUUGAGUCUAGAUUGUUUCGUUUCUCUCCCCUUUCGUCUACUGCAUUAAUUAUCAUGAAAGGUUUCCCUCCCUUCCCUUUUGGCGCUGUCAGUUCACUUUAGCGGUCUUUUUACAGCGCCGGCAGCCACUAAAAAGGCCGCAACGCUUCUCGUGCUGGGCGAACCACUGACGUCAGCCGCUAUUUAUGGCGCCAAGUCUGCGGCGGCGCAAUCCGCCAGAGUCCAGCUCGGCCGAAACCAUCGAGGGCUCUGACAAGCACAAGCACAAGCAACAUCAAGACCGUCCGCCGACUCCGCCGCCGUCUCGCGUCCAUGUGGUUGAACGGCUGCCCAAAGCGCGCAAGCGGCGCAACACCUUCAUCUUCCUGCUGGGCGGGCUCUGCGGCCUUCUUGCGGCGGGCUUCUUCGCAAAGACGAAUGACUUGAUCGACUUGCCCGAGCUGGCGGACCUCAACAUGGACAGCUUGCUCGAUGCCAUUCCAGCUGGCCUGGUCAGGGACAUGCGCGAUCUCGUCCAAGGGGAGCGCGAUGCCACCUCGUAUGAUUCCUUUUCAGUCGGUCUCAAGGCAAGAGCCGAGGGCCUGAGCGCGCACCAUCCCAUGAUCAUGAUACCCGGCGUCAUCUCUACCGGUCUGGAGUCCUGGGGCACAGCUAACAUCUCGAGGGCCUAUUUCCGAAAGAGACUGUGGGGGAGCUGGACAAUGAUGAGAGCUUUGGUCCUUGACAAGGAGGUUUGGAAGAAGCACAUCAUGCUGGACAAGCGAACGGGACUUGACCCGCCCCAUGUGAAGCUUCGUGCCGCCCAGGGCUUUGACGCAACCGAUUUCUUCAUCACGGGCUAUUGGAUAUGGAGCAAGAUCUUCGAGAACCUGGCUACUAUUGGAUACGAUCCAACAAACUCGUUCACGGCCGCAUACGACUGGAGACUGUCAUAUCAAAAUCUCGAAGUAAGGGAUCAGUACUUUUCGAGGCUCAAGUCGUACAUUGAAACUGCCGUCGCUUUCGACGGCAGAAAGGUCGUCCUUGCCUCGCACAGCAUGGGCAGUCAGGUCAUCUUCUAUUUCUACCACUGGGUUGAGUCUGACCUGGGCGGCCGCGGCGGAGGAGACUGGGUGGACCGUCACAUCGACUCUUGGAUCAACAUCAGUGGCUGCAUGCUGGGAGCAGUCAAGGAUCUGACGGCCGUGUUAUCGGGCGAGAUGCGCGAUACGGCCCAACUGAAUGCCUUGGCCAUCUAUGGCCUGGAGAAAUUCUUGAGCAAGGAGGAGCGGGCAGAGCUCUUUAGAGCCAUGCCGGGCAUUUCGUCGAUGCUUCCUAUCGGAGGAAACGCCGUGUGGGGAGACUUGAACGGAGCACCCGACGACCUGCCUGGCCAAAAGUACACGUACGGAUCCCUUUUGAACUUUCGAAUCGGUGCCAACUGGACGACUCCCGACCGAAACUUCACAGUUGACGAUGCCAUGGAGUAUCUUUUCAACACGACUGAGGAUUGGUAUAAAGACCAGAUCAAGCGCAGCUAUUCCCACGGCGUUGCCCACACCACGGCAGAGGUCGAGGCGAACGAGAAGAUUCCUAGGAAGUGGAUCAACCCUCUCGAAACCAGACUCCCACGGGCGCCGAACUUGAAGAUCUACUGCUUCUAUGGCGUCGGCAAGCCCACAGAGCGAUCAUACUAUUAUCGAGCGCCGGACCAGCCGCUCUUGACCAACCUCAACAUUACCAUUGACACCGGGCUCACCGAGGGUCCGAUUGACCAUGGUGUCAUCCUCGGAGAAGGCGACGGAACGGUGAAUUUGUUGAGCUCCGGAUACAUGUGCAACCGCGGCUGGCACAUGAAGCGAUACAAUCCGGCUGGGGCCAAGAUCACAGUGGUAGAGAUGCCUCACGAGCCGGAUCGCUUUAGCCCACGAGGCGGCCCCAACACCGCUGACCACGUCGAUAUCUUGGGAAGGCAGACUCUGAACGAACUGAUUCUGAGAGUUGCUGCCGGCAAGGGCGAGACCAUCACGGACUAUGUCGUCAGCAAUAUCAAGGAAUACGCCGACAAGGUGAAGAUUUACGAGGAAGAGAACGGAGCCAAGAGCAUAUGGAACAAGAUGAUAUAGGACGGCAUCUUUGAUCUGGUGACUUGGACCAUCUGUGCGAUAGGCCUGGUUGGGCUGGGAUGGGCAAUCUGGCGUUUGGCGUGGGGAGCUGUACAUAUGCAAAAGAAGAGGCGGG